CGCUUUCCCUAACCCACACCAGAAUACCAGAUCGAGCACCGAUCUAGGGUUGCACCUCUUCUGCUAGCCGGCUGGCGAGGAGCCGUUCGGCAUCUGGACGCGGCCAAGGGAGAUGAAGCUCGCGGGGCUCAAGUCUGUGGACGGCGCCCACGAGGAGUCCAUCUGGGCGGCGGCGUGGGCGCCCGCCGCUGACCACCGCCCCACGGCGGUGCUCCUCACUGGCGCGCUCGACGAGACCGUCCGCGCUUGGCUCCCCGACGACCUCGCUGCCUUGGGGUCCCCCACACGGGGCCACGCGCUCGGAGUCGUCUCCCUCGCCGCCCACCCCGCCGGCUCGCUCGCCGCCGCCGUGUCGCUCGACAGCUUCAUCCGCGUCUUUGACGUCGACACGGGGGCAUCCGUCGCCACGCUGGAGGCGCCGCCGUCCGAGAUUUGGGGCGUCCAGUUCCAUCCCAAGGGUAAUGCUCUGGCCGCAGCCGGUGGUGGCAGUGGAUCAGUGAAGCUGUGGGACACGGAGAAGUGGAAGGCGAUCACCAGCCUCGCCGUCCCACGCCCGGAGGGAGCUCGCCCCGACAAGACAGGCAGCGGCAAGUUCGUCCUGUCAGUCGCCUGGAGCCCCGACGGAAGGCUCCUAGCAUGCGGGUCCAUGGACGGCACGAUCGCCGUCUACGACGCGGUCCGCAUGAAGUUCCUGCACCACCUGGAGGGCCACCACAUGCCGGUGCGGUCCAUGGUGUUCUCCCCGGUGGACCCGCACGUGCUUUUCACGGCCUGCGACGACUGCCACGUCCACAUCUACGACGCCAGGGAGAAGGGCCUCGUCGGGGCCAUGUCGGGCCACGCGAGCUGGGUGCUGAGCAUCGACGCGAGCCCCGACGGCCUGGCGGUGGCCACGGGGUCGAGCGACCGCACCGUCCGGCUCUGGGACCUCAACAUGAGGACCUCGGUGCAGACCAUGAGCAACCACUCCGAUCAGGUGUGGGCCGUGGCCUUCAGGCCACCAGGCGGUGCCGGAGUCCGAGCAGGGCGUCUGGCUAGCGCGUCGGAUGACAAGAGCGUCUCCCUGUACGAUUACUCGUAGGUUUUUGUUUCCUUAUAAACCGUUGCAAAUGCCUCUGUUGUACCGACCAGAGAUUUGAAUUCGGGCAUGGUGGUUGGAAGAAUUGUUGUACGCAGCACAGUAGUCGAGGUGUUAAAUUGCAAGGAAAGAGUUUAUUUCGUGUUAGUUAUUGUACCCUGGGGUUGUUGACUUGCUUGGUUGCACCGAAAGGACGUGGACGCUGGUCGUCGGGUGGUGGUGUGCGUGCCUUCUUGUCUCGCUGCUGAAAGCUCGUUAAUACUUGCACCUUUUGCAUUAACAGGAGGCGUGGAACAAACUCAACUCCGAAGAGCUCUUUUGAACC